AUGGACAUAUCAGACGAAAUACCGUAUCCGCAGCUGGAUUUAGGAGUGGACGCCGAAAAGGACCACAUGGACAAGAUGGGACCAAACGGUUCAGACAAUCAGAGGUUCGACUACUAUGGGGACAGUGUCCAUCAUGGCGGCGCCAGCAGUAUGAGGGAAAAUGAUCUGCAUAAAGGCGGGAAUGCCGUCGGCAAUGGCAUAGAAGGUCUGAGAGGGGCGGGCGACGGUGGCGUUGAUGAGCAUGACAAUAGCAAUGGUAACGAGGAAGGUGAUGACGAAGUAGCCCAAGGUGGUGGGGACGAUGAUGCUGAUGAAGAACAAGAGGAAGAGGGGGAUGAGGAAGAAGAAGAAGAAGAAGAAGAAGAAUACGAUGAGCGUGUUUACGAAUUGGAUGACGAUAUUAAUGAGCCUAGUGGGGCGUUUGCAAAUGUAGGACAGGGGCUUACUGGUAAGUACAAAAACUAUAUGAUGCAGUACUGGCAAAACACCAUUGAUUCAAUCGAGCGUGACGACCAUGAUUUUAAGAACCAUCAGCUUCCACUUGCGAGGAUCAAGAAGGUGAUGAAGACAGACGAAGAUGUCAAGAUGAUCAGUGCAGAAGCACCGAUUCUCUUUGCCAAAGGUUGUGACAUCUUUAUAACAGAAUUGACCAUGCGUGCAUGGAUCCAUGCCGAGGAGAACAAACGUAGGACUUUGCAGAAGUCUGAUAUAGCUGCUGCGCUUCAAAAGUCGGACAUGUUUGAUUUCUUGAUUGAUAUAGUUCCAAGAGAGGAGGAAAAGAAGAAAAAGAGCGAUUCCCAUCGCCACCAACACCCGGAUCACGUGCAGGAACAACAAUUCUAUGAUAACAAUCAAUACUACAAUUCUUGA